UUUCAGGACAAAGACAGGACAGAGGAUGAUUUAUUGUUAUCUGGGUUAUUCGUUUUAAUCAACGGUCUGCUGCUGCAGGUGGUUGAACUCACUGCCAUGGCUCUUCCAUUUGGAGUUUCUUGGCUUUGCACUCUGAUGUUAUGGGGCUGCAUUUGUUUUCUUCCUCAAAAAGGUUGCAAUAUUGCACAUGGCUACUCUGUCAGUAAUCAUGCAGAAGAGCUUGGUCCACAAACCUCAAACCAGUUUCAUUCUGGAGCAUCUUUAAACACGGACCACGACCCUGUUAGUCCAAUGGACGACAUGCAAAACUUUGAUUCCCUUCAGAGAGAACCAGUCCACUAUGAAAACAAUGAGGAUGCGAGCUCUGUUACAAGCCUCAGUGAAGAGAGCAACCCAGACUCAGAACAUGAGCCAGAUGAGUUUUCAGUGGACCCCUCGAUGCAGAAAUAUGUGCAAGAAAGUGCUGGUAAUCAACACCCCUUUGGCCUUUUAGUGAAGGAGCACAAACAAAAGACUUCUACAGAGGGUGUCAGUUUCCCAACAAUUAAAGAUUUCAAACACUUUAUAGAAACUAUUAAAAGCUCCUUCUUAAUGCCAGGAAGUGACUUGAGUGGACAUUUUCAAACUGAACAGGACAUUAUGGAAAACGAGGUGAUUUCUAAUGCUCAAAAUAUUAAGAGCGAGCCUGAUGCCCACGAUGGCGUCAGUGAAAACGAUGUCUGGAGUGAACCUGCGGAUACAUCUACCUACCAAAUGCCAAGUGAAAGCCUCUCUGUCCCUGAUCCCGUCGACUCCACUGCAACUCUCCUUUCUACCAGUGUUUAUGACAACCAAGGCUCGGGCUCUGCUCCCUACCCACUCCCUCAUUCAGCAGCCUCUGAGUAUGUUUCAAGUAAUUAUGGAAAUUUUGACACUAGUGGGAAAAACCCCGAUAUUUUCACAAGCUCUGAAUAUGCGCAAGAUGAAGCCGUUCCGUCAACAAGCUAUGAGCUCCCUGAACAAAUACCCUCAGGCUCAUUCUUCAGCGGCCGUGUGACUGCAUCUCCUGCCAACCCUCCAAACAACCCAUCUCAAGAGCUCAGCUACUAUCCAAGUAAAACAUCCAAUAUAAUGCCUUCAGCCUCUAAUGGGAAACAACCAAUAUCUACAUCUCACAGUGAAGACUCUUUGACAGGGUAUCAAAAACCAUCUGGUGGCUUUGAAUUUGAAGAUUUCCAAAGUGAGCAGCUAGGCAGAGUGACUCCAGCCAAUGUCGUGUCUGCACCAAAGCCCCCAUUGUUGAAUUCCUACAGCAAAAGUGUAUAUGUCAAUGCACCCAGAGGUCACCUCAACAUCUUAGAUUAUCUACCAAAACCUCUGGAAAGACCAGCCCCAUCAUUUCAAGCAUAUCAACCCACUAUUGGCAAGGAAUCAAAGUAUAUAAACAACACCCCCACUGUUCAGCUGCCUGCAUCUAGUGGUUCUGUUUCUUCAGGCUCUGACAACUUUUCACCACAGAGGAGUAAUGGUCAUGUGGGUGUUCAAACAAGCAGCCCACAUGAUGCGGAGGAUCAAAUGUUCAACAGAAAGCAGCCGGUCCUGCACCCCCGAGUGUUUAUUGGCUCAAGCAGACGCGAUGGCUAUCUGGGAGACCAGAGAAUCGGCGUUACUCGUCCGUCCAGCUUAUCUGACCAGGCAAAAGACGAGGAGGGAUCAGGAUUCACUGAGCUGAAUCCAGUUUCUGGGAUCUCGUCUCAGGUGGGAGUUGGUUAUGUAAGUUUCAACUCUCUAACCAACUUGGCUCCAACCUCAUUAUCCGAGACAGCGCUUUCAAUAUUAGCUGGCAAUGAAGUCACGUCCAGGGACUUUGGAAUCAAGAAUAAAAUCUCUAAUAGGUUUCAAACCGGUGAUACACGUGACGCCGGAAACACUCUGGGCUCAUUUUCUACCCCACAAAAACAAGGCACUUCUCUAAAUGAUGCAACCAGCUUUCUGCACACGUUCGUACAACCAACCAAAGUACGGAAGCCUCUUAAACGGCCGUCUGGUUCUGCUUUAAGCGGUGUCUUUCGGAGGAAUGGUGGCAACACAAAAAGGCUUCGUUCUCAAACUGGCCCCGACGUGUCACAACCAUCUGUAAACGCAUACAUUGUGCAGUCCAGAAACGCCUACGUGAGGAGCAAAAUGUCUCGAUCAAACACCCGUUAUGCACCGUAUCGGCUGGAUGGAGGCAAAACUGGUACACGCCAAUGGAAACCUGCUCCAAUGCUACACAAAUACUGAAUGAGAGAACAGAGAGAACCACACUUUUAAGAGAGAUAUGGAUCUUUUGUCGUCUUCAGCCGGGAGGAAAAUCAAGAUUCUGCAGUUCUACAAACAUCUGCUCUAAUUAGUAAAGGCAUGAAAUAUU